UUUUAAAUGAGUGAGUGUGUGUGAUGAGGGCCUUCUUCCUCUUCUGGUCUCCACUUUGAAAGAGGACUUAAAGUAGUGAUGAUGUCUGGUGAAAUCAUCUACUCCGAUGUUACAUUCACUCGGCAUCAGAAUCAAGAUACUAGAGCAGAAAGUGAAGUUUCUAAUGGAGUAGCCGAACGUGAAGAAGAUGUCACAUACUCUGAGGUUAGAAGACCAGGAGGUAGAGCUAGUGAGCAGGAGGAUCUUGGGAGAGGAAGGGACCCUGGCAAUAGUUACCCCACUCCCCCAGUGGGGUCAAAGGCUACAAUCCCUGAGGGAGUGUCUGGGAGCGUUCCUGUGGCGACCCUGGUGUGUCUCUGUGUUCUACUGUUGGGCCUGGCUAUCACUCUGGGAGUCCUCUAUGGUUCCAAUAUGACUAGUCUUCAAGCUGAGGAGGCCCGCUUUGCCCAGAUGAAAGAGAAUCUAACAGGGAAACUGCAUGAACUGCAAGACAACUAUAAGAGACUGCAGAAUGAGACCCACAACAUAACAGUCCAGAAAGAGCUGUUAUCCUCAGGUCUUCGAGACUGUGAGGCCAACCUGACUAGGGUCAAAGAUCUCCUGGCAACCAUACAAGGGAAUCCAAAGGAAUGUAAUGCUUAUACAAAACCAUGUUCUCCAGGCUGGGAGUUCUACAAUGGAUCAUGCUACUACUUCUCUAAUGACGAAAGGACCUGGGAACAGAGUCAGUACGCCUGCAUCCGUGACGGAGGACACCUGGUCAUUGUAGAGAGUCAGCAGGAGCAGCAGUUUAUAACAGAUACAUUAGUGAGAAACACUGAUUUUAAUAACAGCCCCUGGAUUGGACUGACAGACAAGAAGCAAGAGGGAGUGUGGGUCUGGAUGGACAAUACAACUCUUGAUGACAGCAUCAAGUUCUGGGACCAGAACACUGGAUCAAAUAAUCCUCCAGAACCAAAUGACUGGACCCCAGGUGAAGAUUGUGCCCGAAUGGGUCAAAGCUGUUCCAGUCGAAUCCAAUGUUGGUUUGACUUUGCAUGUGACAACCCAUGUAGGAGAAUCUGUGAGAGUCGUGCAGUCUGUGAGAGUCGUGCAGCCACUCGAUAGUACUGCCACAUGGUGUGUAUUGAAUGAGUAACUAGCACAAGGUACUACAUUGUUGGGCAGUAUAAAGGGCCAGCUUCCCGGACACAGAUUAAACCAAGUCCUGGACUAAGAAGCAUAUUCAAUAGAGAUUCUCCACUCAAAGUGUACAGCACUAGAGAUUAAUAUGUGUCCAGGAAACCGACCUAUAAUGUCUAAUUUGUAUAGCUAGUACUCUCCAUUAAUCCAAUGAGUACACCAAACAUUAGAGUUGCAGUCUCCCCAAACCCCCCUUUUGCCCUCAGAACAGCCUCAAUUUGUCAGGGCAUGGGCUCUACAAGGUGUCAAAAGCGUUCCACAGGGAUGCUGGCCCAUGUUCCCAAAGUUGUGUCAAGUUGGCUGGAUGUCCUUUGGGUGCUGGACCAUUGUUAAUACACACAAGAAAAAAAACAGAAAAGAAACAGCAGCUUUGCAGGUCUUGACACAAUCCAGUGUACCUGGCACGUACUACCAUACCCUGUUAAAAGACACUUAAAUGUUUUGUCUAGCCCAUUUACCCUCUGAAUGGCACACAUACACAAUCCAUGUCUCAAUUGUCUCAAGGCUUAAAAAUCCUUCUUUAACCUGUCACCUCCCCUUUAUCUACUCCCCUUUAUAAAGCCAGCAGCAUACCACCCUGCAUCCCACUGCUUGCUUGCUUCUGAAGCUAAGCACGGUUGGUCCUGUUCAGUCCCUUGAUGGAAGACCAGAUGCUGUUGGAAGUGGUGUUGGAGGGCCAGUAGGAGGCACUCUUUCCUCUGGUCUAAAAAAGAUCCCAAUUACCUGGGUCAGUGACACGGUGCUGUCUUUUAGAAGGGAUGUUAAACGGGUGUCCUGACUCUCUGAGGUCAUUAAAAGAUCCCAUGGCACUUGUUGUAAGAGUAGGGGUGUUAACCCUGGUGUCCUGGCUAAAUUUCAAAGCUCUCCUUCAUACCAUCAUGGUCACCUAAUCAUCCACAGCUUACAAUUGGCUCAUUCAUCCCCCUCCUCUCCCCUGUAAGUAUUCCCCAGGUCGUUGCUGUAAAUGAGAACGUGUUCUCAGUCAACUUACCUGGUAAAAUAACGGUGUCACGUCCUGACCAGU